CUCCUACUCCGUCCCGUCUCAUGACUCCAUCCUCGUCCGAUCUUUGAAUCUGCAAAGAACGACGAACACGAUGGUCUUGAAGCGCAAUGUCCGAGGCGGCGUGCCGUCACCCUAUCCGCGAUUCCUUUUCCAUGGCCUGAGAUCUGCGCAAUUGAUCGCUGCUGUCAUUGUGAGCGGAAUAAUUGCUUAUUUUAUCUACUACCUUCGAAUGGAGAAUAUCCCUAUUCCAUGGACCUUCAUUGUGCUUUUCGCCGUAUCACUCGCAACGAUCAUUGCACUUACCGUCACAAUCUGCCUAUACAACUUCACAUACCUUGCUCCAUCAUUCAAUAUUGUGCUAAAUGGCAGCACGUCGAUUCUGUGGGCAAUGGGGUUUGGGAUGCUGACUUGGUCUGUCAGGAACUCGCAUGUGUUGGCGAGACAAUGUACAGGAAAGGAGUUUGGCGGAGAGGCAGAAGCCAGUGUAUGCAGGGAUUAUAAAGCUUUGUGGGCUAUGGCACUAUGCGGAACUGUUUCGACUUUCGCUGCAUUAGCUCUCGAUAUCCAUACACAGCAGAAGACAACAAAACGCGGAGUGUACGCUAUGCCAGAAGAUGACAAGCAGGCGCAGAAGUUGGCGACCGAAUUGAAAUCUAUACCGUCGAUGCGGGUGCGGACUCAAGGAUACGAUAUCCCUAGAGAACAGGGCCCUGUGGUUACGGGAAGUGGGCCGACGUGGCAGUUACCUGAAGAGGACAUCGCAUAUCACAAUCGUUAUGGGGCAGAGGAAGAGACGCAUGGACCGGUGUAUACCGAUGAACCCAACAAUCGGUUGCUUCAACACUAGUGCAUACGAAGAUUGUACUCCGGGUCUAGGAGGGAGGAGUUGUAUAAGAGAGAAGGAUCUAUAAGAUAAUAGUUGGAUGUUCUCAUUGGGAUUUGGAGUUAGGGUAAUGACGGCCACAGGUGUGACGAUGGGCUGGGUCCAGAUAUUAGAGCAGAAUUGAAUCUUUUACUAGUAGUCUACACGCGUUGCAAUUGCUUUUAGUUUAAAAGUAAUGGCUAGGCAUAAUUCCUAGACAAGUUAUAAAGCCCUAGACUUACUAAGUAAAACAAACG